CGUGUUUGAUUUCAGAUUGAACUUUUUGUGUAACUGUAAUUAGCGAGAAUCUUUGAGUUUUCAUUUCAUUUUCCUAAUGAAACUAAUGAUUUUUUAAGAACUUCAAUCAAAAAGGAAUUGUUUGCUUUUAGUGAAAAUAUGAUACCGUAUCUAUUGUGAAUGUAACUGAGGGGGUUGUAUUUUAUCAUUUUUAGGUUUUAUUGAGGCUGCAAUCUUUGGGUAGUACUUUGAAAAAUCAUAAGGUGAACAUGAGCACUCUUGAAGUGAGGGGCCCUUCUCUUAGAGGGUAUCGACGGAGAAAGGCAUUGCUCGAUCUGAAUGUUCCACCCAAUGAUAUCAGAGAACUGGAUGGUACUUCCCAACAGGCUGGUUAUGGGGAACAAACUAGCCAAUCCGUACAGCUUGGACCACCUGCAACUAUUGAUGUUGAGGCUAUUGAUGAUGAUGUAAUUGAAUCUUCUGCUAGAGCUUUCGCAGAGGCUCAGAACAAUUCAAGGAGGAACCGUGGAAGGACUGUUGUUGAUAUAGAUUCAGUUAUUACCCUAUAUUACUCUGUGUUUGUAGUUGGUGCAGCUCACAUCCCUCCCCUUCUAGGCUGGAGGACAACUGAUAAUAAUCAGAAUAGGGCCCGAAGACUUUCUCCGAGCCCAAGUGUUAUCAAUUUGGAAUGUUCAACACAGUCAGUGGUUGAGGAAAUCAUAACACCUCAGUCGCCUCAAAAGGAACCGACCUUCAAUUGUCCAAUUUGCAUGGGGCCGUUAACGGAGGAGAUGUCAACAAGAUGUGGACAUAUAUUCUGCAAGGGAUGCAUUAAAGCUGCAAUAGCUUUUCAGCCAAGGUGCCCAACUUGCAGGAAAAAAGUCACUGUGAGAGAACUAAUUAGGGUCUUCCUUCCAUCGGCCACUUGAAUAAUGGAGUUCAAGUCUAACUAGUAACGGUAUAAUAGAAACUGUCCUACGGAGUGCAUUCAGGUUGUGGUGCUAAUUUUGGAAUUUGACUAUGCUUUAGUGGACAAUGCUUUGCAUUCAAUUCAUCAGCAGCUCAGCUUCAUCGGCAUCAAGACU